AAAACAGUGUUUAUGCCCAGGCGACUGCGGAAUUCGAGACACUCCGAGACAAGCGCAACACCCGGUCGCAAACUAUUUCACAAAUACCAUGGACAGGAUGCCGGGUAGUCGGCCUCCGGGCGGCCCGGGUUCUGGGAGCCCGGCCGACCUUCUCCGCAGGCGUGCCAUCGGAGCGCAUGCCGUGACCGCGGCGCCGCUCGCACCGCCCGCGUCCGGCGGGCUGGGCACGCUGGGUGAAGAGGAGGAGAGCGGCAGCAGCACACAGGCCAGUGCGCCGGCUAUGGAGGCGGUGCCUGCGGGUAUCUUUGCAACGCCUAAGCCACGCGGAGCCGUGACGCUGGCCAACUGGGCGACGUACUGGGACCGCAAGCUUGAGGUGCAGCCCACCGGCAGGGGUGGCACCUUCAACGUGUAUCUGGCGGGCGACUCGGGGCCGGUGGUCAUGUGCAUCCACGGCGGCGGCUACAGCGGCCUGACGUGGUCGCUGGUGGCCAAGAAGCUCAAAGACAAGUACCGGGUAGUGGCACCCGACAUGCGGGGGCACGGCCUCACAAAGACAGACAAUGACACGGACUUUUCAAAAGAGACAAUGUCGGACGACAUCAUUGCGAUAUGGGAGCACAUGUUCGGCGCGGCGGCCUCCGCCGCCUCCAGUGGUGCGGCCAACAGCAAGGAGGGGCCGGCCCCCAGCGGCGACAGCACUCCCUCCACGCCAGCGCCCACAGCCCCCGCGACAGCACCACCGGCAGCAGCUCAUGGGCCGGGCACGCCGGCGGCUGACGCGCCCCCGGCAGGUGUACUGGUGGGCCACAGCAUGGGCGGCGGGCUGGCGGUGUGGGCGGGCGCGGCCAAGCGCAUAAAGCGGCUGGAGGGCGUGGUGGUGGUGGACGUGGUAGAGGGCACGGCGCUGGCCGCGCUGCCGCACAUGAUGAACGUGCUGGCCGGCCGGCCCGCCUCCUUUCCCUCGCUGGAGGAGGCGGUCACGUGGGCGGUGCGCAGCGGCAUGAGCCGCAACAAGGAGGCGGCAGCUGUGUCCAUGCCGGGGCAGCUGCAGCAGCAGGGUGGCGCAGGGGCUGGGGCCGGGGGCGCGGGAGGAGGGCCGGGCGGCGGCGGCGGCGGCAGCGGCGGCGACGGCGGGGGGCAGUGGACGUGGCGCACGCCCCUGGAGCUCAGCCGGCCGUACUGGGAGGGCUGGUACAUGGGUCUGUCAGAGGCGUUCCUGCAGCUGUCGUGUCCCAAGGCGUUGGUGCUGGCCGGCACCGACCGACUGGACCGGGCGCUGACCAUCGGACAGAUGCAGGGCAAGUUCCAGUUGAUACUCAUGCCCACCGCCGGGCACGCCAUCCAAGAGGACGAGCCCGACCGCACCGCAGAGCACCUGCUGGGCUUCCUCAAGCGCUUCCGCGUGGGCGAGCCGCCGAUGGUCUUCCCGCGCGCGCCAACAGGCAUCAAGCCCGUGCUGCCGGUGGUUGCGGGGCCAGUGCUGGAGCACUGAGUAGGGCAACGGAGAAGGCACGGAGGAGGGGCGUGUGCGGGGGGAGGACGCAGGUUAUGCGACAGCUUGGGGCGGCGGUCCGCUCGGCAUCGAUGCGGCUGUCCGUUUCCCAUAGCGCGGACGUGGUGUUUGACACGGUAGGGAAGCUGGGGAGCGGCCGGUGCAGGCUAGCGCGUGACACUGUGUUAGUCACCUUCUUCCGGGUCGCUUGGGGCCGCGGCCAAGGCCGCGGCCCCAGCAGGGCCCAGCUGCCAAAGCGUUUCGGAGAAAGGGAUUCUGGAUGAGAUGUGGCAGGGGUUUUGCUACAGCAACAACUUCGGGGGCAUGCCAUCUGUGAGUCGGUUUAAUGUACAAUGAUGUAGGCCUCUCAAGGCCUUGGAGUUCGGCUGCCUAGUAGCGGAAUGAGUCGCGAUUGGGAGACACCGAUUUC